AAACUGGACACCACACAAUGAGCGGACAUAAGGGGCAGUUUCUCCUUAUUCACCUCAUCUCUGGCAACCAACUCUGGCCUCACUCAAUUCUCAAUCUUCAUCAUUCAUCCUUCAUCUCAUCUAUCCACCGGCACUACCAGUCUACCAGAAGCACUUCAAACAAUGUCCUCUCGUGAGAACAGAGCAACUGCCACCAGUACUAGUGGCAAAGUUGUCGCCCAGACGGAAGGGACCGGACUUGGAACCAGCCCGUCAUCAACAGUCUCGUACGAGGAGCAGACGGACUAUACCACUUCCUCUGGCAAAGAGGUGCACAUCCGGGAAGAGCAAGACGAGACGGGCGUGUUUCGCCAUCGGGAGGUCGAGAUUCGGCCCGACGGGUCUCAGCACGUUCACAGGGUUUAUGAGAACCCGAAUAAGGGCACCAGGCUGGAGAUUGAGAAGGAGUUUAGUGGCUGAUGUUGCUGUUAUCUUGCACCAUGCAGAGCUGGAUUCUACGGUGAUUCUCUACAUUGGGGCGAGAGUUUAUUGGUGGCAGAAUUCUUCUGAAAUCCUGAAUAGAAAUUGCGUUUUACAACUAGGAACCUGAG